AUGGCAAAUGAAAUGAACAGUACUUUUGUUGAUGAAGAAGCUUUAGCUUACCAACAACUUCCUAUCACUUUUUCUAUUCGAUUUUGGAUUUAUCUCAUUUCCAACGUUUUAUCGCUACCAUUCUGUUUCUUCAUUCUCUUUCAUCUUCUAUUCAAUCGAAAUCUUCGUGAAACAUUAAGUAAUCAUAUAAUCAUUGUGCUACUCCUACUCGUUUUGGCUAUGGAAUGCAUUUACUUUCCUCUUGCCGUUCACUACUAUCGACUUGGUGGUAAUUGGCAUGUACCACGUCCGUUUUCUCAACUUUGGACGUAUUCUCUCUUUGGACUUUUUCCCACUCAAACCGUCGUUUUCGCCUGGUGUACUAUUGAAAGACAUAUACUUAUCUUUCACAAUCACUUACUAGCAACUAAGGCAAAUCGAAUUCUUGUACAUUAUGUACCACUGGUGGUUGUUCCUGUGUAUUGUUUAACUUAUUAUGGUCUAAAUAUAUUUAUUCCAUUUCAUUCAAUUUGUCGAUAUCUCGAUGUUCAAUCGACAGUGAUUGGUGUGUAUCUGCCUUGCUUUUUCUUCAAUCCAAUUCACUUAAAGAUCGAUGUCAUCAUUCAUCAGAUCAUUCCAAUAUUAAUUAUAAUCACUUCAACUCUCGCGCUCUUCUUUCGUUUCCAAAGACAGCGAGUUCACCGGAGGCGAUCGAUGCAAUGGAAAAAACAAAGAAAACUGAUCAUUCAAGUUCUAUCAAUCGUCACAGUUUUUGGCGUUUUUCAAUUUCCAUGGGCACUUUUAGAGUCAUGGAAUUUAUUUGGUAUACCAUUUGGUUCAUUAGGCGUGAUUCAAAACUACAUGUUGUUCUUUAACUGUUACUCUGUACAUCUUUUCCCACUAGUUUGCAUAGGAACAAUACCUGAAAUUAGCAAGAAAAUGGCAAAACUAUUGUGGUGGAAAAGACCGUAUGUGCAAGUUUAUCCUCUUACACUGUCACUUAAUAGAAAUUGA